UUCCUAAAAAAAAUCAGCCGUCUCUUGGGAGUUGCGCCAACUCUGCCAUAAUUUUGUCUGCACAAACAACAUCACCGGUAGUGUUUGGGCGGGGAACUGCAGUAGGAGGGUGGACCGCUUCAACGAGCUCUCUCUCUCGCGCGCAGCCGACGGUUGGCGCGGGCGCAAGAGCAAGGACGGUUGGUGCGGCCGCGGCCUGUCGCCGACCUCUGAACGGUGUUCGCUGGGUAGUCACGGCGCUGUCUUCGACUCUCAAUGUCUCGAAGGGAGGGCAGCAAGUUUGCUAAUCGCAGGCCAGGGUCAGCAUUUCAACCUCGGGCAACCGAGGCGCCUGUGCCUGCUGGCUUAAUUAAAACGGCCAGGAAAAGUGGACAGCUGAACCUUUCCAACAGAGAGUUGAGUGAAGUGCCCCAGAGCGUAUGGUGGAUAAAUGUGGACCCCCCAGAGGAAUCCCAUUUUAAUGUCUCCUUUACUGCAAGUGACCGAUGGUGGGAUCAGACAGAUUUAACUAAACUUAUCUUGGCAUCGAACAAACUGCAGUGCUUAUCGGAGGAUAUUCAGCUCCUACCAGCCCUCACAGUGCUUGAUGUCCAUGAUAACCUCCUGAGUUCCCUACCUUGUGCAAUUGGACAGCUGUCAAAACUGCAGAAGCUCAAUAUUAGCCACAAUAAACUAAAGGAGUUGCCGGAUGAGCUGUGGGAUUUAACGAGUUUGAAAAGUUUGUAUCUUCAUCACAAUGAAUUGGAAUGGAUUCAAGAGGGCAUUGGUAAACUUAUUCAUUUGGAAGAGCUGGAUGUGUCCAGCAAUCAACUUAAAGCAGUUCCAAGCACCCUUGGUGAGCUGUCCAGUCUACUUAAAUUCAUUCUGGCUAACAACAAGCUGAAGUGCCUACCGUCGGACAUUAGCAAAAUGAGAAGUUUGAAAUUGUUGGAUGCAACUUAUAAUGAACUGGAAUGUGUUCCUCCGGAGUUAGCAAAUAUGGUGUCAUUACAACAACUUUACUUGAGGCAUAACAAACUUCGCCAUCUACCAGAGUUUCCAUCCUGUAAAUAUCUGAAGGAACUACAUGUAGGAAAUAACCAGAUUGAGUAUUUGGGUUCAGAACAUCUGAAAAAUCUAUGUGCCAUCACUGUGCUGGAGCUGCGUGACAACAAAUUGAAAUCACUACCAGAUGAAAUUCUUAUGCUUCAAGACUUAGAACGUCUUGACCUCACAAAUAAUGACAUUAGCAGCUUGCCUUAUGCUCUAGGAAAUCUUCCUAAAUUGAAGUCUCUGUUGCUGGAGGGUAAUCCACUCCGUUCUAUUCGCAGGGAUAUUAUUAAUAGAGGAACUCAAGAACUUCUCAAGUACCUAAGAAGCAGAAUACAAGAUACAACUGGCCAAGAUAACAGUGCUUCAGCAACAGCUAUGACUCUCCCCAGUGAAUCUAUGAUCAAUAUGUAUGUCUCAGGAACACGCAAACUGUUAGAAUACAGUGACAGGAAAGCAACCAUUGUUCCUGAUGCAGUGUUUGAUGCCGCUGAUGGAGUUGCCAUCACCACUGUGAACUUGAGUAAAAACUUACUUCCUGGAGUGCCUUCUCGGAUUUCAGAAUUUAAGGCCACCGUCACGGAUGUAAAUCUUGGUUUCAACAAGCUUAGUUCUGUUUCUUUAGAACUUUGCACGUUGGAGUUCCUGAUUCAUCUGGAUCUUAGAAAUAAUCUUUUGACUUCCCUGCCAAUGGAAAUAAAACAACUACAGCAUUUGCAAACUGUAAUCCUUUCUUUUAACAGGUUUAAGGAGUUCCCUAAUGCUUUAUACCAUAUCCCAGCACUAGAAACUAUUCUUAUCAGUAAUAAUCAGAUGGGCUCAAUUGAUGCAUUCCAAUUGAUGCAGCUUGAAAAACUGACUACACUGGACAUGCAGAAUAAUGAUUUAAUGCAGGUCCCACCAGAACUGGGGAGCUGCGUAAACCUAAGAACACUCCUACUUGAAGGAAAUCCAUUUCGUAAUCCAAGGGCAGCUAUCUUGGCCAGAGGAACAGCUGCAGUCCUGGAAUAUCUUAGGAACCGCAUUCCUACAUAAAUCUGUGCCUGGCAGAAGGAGGAUUGCUCUGCUGAAGAUAUUGCGAGGGUUUAAAGAUUUAAUCAGGAUAAAAUAUUUAGGAGGCUUUAAAAGGAAAUUUUGGUGUUUUCCAUAAUAUUAAAACAGUUAUGUUUCAAGAUUACUUUUGCUUUUAUAGAUUUAAAGUUGACUUCAGUGGCUUCAUUUCAGUGCAAGUAAGUAUAAUGUACAUGAUUUAUUUGCAUUAACUAUUGUCUAGGUAACAAUUUUCAUUAAACAUGAGAAGAGGAUCUCCACACUUCUGCACUGCAUGCCAAAUUCUAAGUGCACUUUACUGCAGCACAUGAUUGAAUCCUUUUGAUGUAGCACGAGUGAUGGUUUUGUACCUCCAAUGAGCAAUUAAUUGAACUUUUUUCUGAAGCUAUCAGUUUCGGUAGAAGUGCUUCUGAUUCUUUAAAAUAUUGAACCUCUGGGUAUCUUAAAUCACAUUAUUAUGUAAAUUUCUGGCUGGAAUUUGGCGGUUUUGAAAUAUGCUCUGUUUUGCUGAAUGUUUGUGAUUUUGAGGUUUUUAUUAUUCAUUAUUUGUUCAUUACAUCUUAUUAAAUCCAUGUUGUGCCAUUCUUCCUUGACAUGCAAAAAAUCUUUUUUUUGAAGUAAAUUUCUCAGUCAGUUAUUUUCUUAUAAAUGCAUUAGGACAGGUGAUUUAUUUAAGACCACUUGUAACAUAUGAGCUGAAAAUGUGUUGCUGGUUAAAGCACAGCAGGUCAGGCAGCAUCCAAGGAACAGGAAAUUUGACGUUUCGGGCCAGAGCCCUUCAUCCUGAUCAUUCAUGAUCAUAACCUUCAGUCUGUUGUUAUAAAGGGGACUCGUACCACAGGAUAAUCUGAAACUGCACCAGUAGUUCUGUGGCAGAAAAAAAAAUUUGCUGGAGAGAGAGAAACAUAUCUUUUCUGACACUGUGGCCUGCCACUGGAAUCCACUUCCAGGGAUAUGUUGAACUUUGCAUAUAGUGUGGGGCCCAUCCAUCCUCAUAAGAAUUUGGCAGUGCUCCCAAAGUAGCCAGUUAAUUAACUGCUGCUGGCUUUUAUCUCCCAUCACCAAGUUACCUGUGAUCUUUUUUCAAUCUGUUAACAACCUCCAGUAAAUGAACAUGUUUCCAAUUGAAUAAUUUAGGUGCAAAGUCCAUUAAGGGCAACACAAACCAUCAAAGUUGAUGGAGGUGGGGGAGAGAAGGGAGCUAAAUCAAACUGGAGUCGGAGGGGAUGCAGCUGGCCGGUUAGCAGUUUCCAUUGAUUAUUUGAAUCUGGUAAGGUUGACCAAAGGCAGGAACUCAAAUGCAUUUUAAAAAUCGUUUCCCACUGUCUGCUGGCUAGUUGUUUUUCUGCCCUAGUUUUUCUGGAGUGAAAAGAUUGAAAGGAGUAAAUUACUUUUCUAGUGUUGUAAUGUAGGUUUACAAAGAGAUUAACUUGUAGGGAAGUCUGAGUAAAGAAAAAUAAUCUUUUUUUAAAUUUGAUACAAAUUAUUCCAUUGUACACAUUAAACGGAUAGCUGCUGUUUUCAAUAUGAAACUUGAUGCUGGCCUAUGAAAGCUUUUUUAACCUUAGCCUGGAAGAUUCAAUCCCCAAUCCUGAUUUAGUAAAUCAAAGAGCUAUAUGGUAUCAAGAAUGUGUUGCUGGAAAAGCACAGCAGGUCAAGCAGCAUCCAAGGAGCAGGAGAAUCGACUUUUUGGGCAUAAACCCUUUAUUAGCAACACACUCUGGACUCUGAUCUCCAGCAUCUGCAGUCCUCACUUUCUCCAUAUAUAUGGUAUGCUUUGCAUAGGAUGUGCUUAUUCAAGACCUUUUGAAUCAUAUUCUCGUGAAAGUUUCAAACAGAGUUUAAAAUAUCAGGAAGAUUUAUUUAGACAUCUGUUGAUCCUAUCUUGACAAUUCAUCUAAUUGCAUUGAUGGAUUUUCAAGAAUUCUUAUAGAGAAAUUGUUGUUUUCAAGGCAUCAAGUCUACUUUAUGUAACUUUUUUUCUGCAAAUACCUGUAACUGUGAACUUUGACAUUCCUACCUGACUGUAGUGCUUUAUACAUUCUGGUGAUAUGUCUGUAUGUUGGAACAGAUUUCUAAAUGAGAUAAAUUUAUAUUUCAAGUGUUUGUGAAAUUCAACAACUGCACUCUAGGUGUAGUUGCAGUGUUAUUCAAUCAGUUGCCAAGAUAGGAUUCUGUUGAGGAGGUUGAUCAGAAUCAUUUGAAACUACUGUUAAAAAGAAUGGUGUUGCUUGGCACAGCAAGAUAUGACAGCAACAAUUUCUUGUUAUUAAAAAGGCUUGAAAUUUUGGCAGUCCAACAUGUCAGCUGCGCAGCAGGAUUUUGAAAAUUAUUCUAGAGACAAAACUUUUAUUCUAAAUACCAUACUGUGGUGCUAUAACUACAUAUCUUAUACAAACUGCAAGUUGCUCAAAAUUUAUUGGCAAUUUUAUUUUAACACAACAAAAUUAUGACUGGUGCUUGGACUAUCAGCUUACAGAUAAAUUCCAUUUUAUCUAAUGCCUUUACUCGUGAAAAUGUGGAAAGGUUUAAUGCCUUCCAAAUUAAUGUAUUGAUCCUUGCCAUUCCUCAAAAGCAUCACUACCUUUUAGAUGUGGAGGUGACUGGUGAAAAUUUUCUUAAAAUGUAUUCUAGGUUGUGUUUGAAAUUAUAAUUCAUUGCUAUCAAAUAAUAA